CGUUAAGACCUGUAGAUGAAUAAUCUGAGCGUGUCUCCGGGGCUGCAGGAGGCGCUGUGGAGUUCUGAACCCGUAUCCUCCUCAGCCCGCAGCCCUCAGAAGAAGCGCUGCUCUCGGCCGCUCACGCUCACUGACAGAGUCCACAGGAGGAACAGCCCGUCACCCCCUUCUCCCCCACCCAACAUGGCCGACUCCAUGGAGAUAGACGAUUCACUGUACAGUCGGCAGCGGUACGUCCUGGGAGACAGCGCUAUGCAUCAGAUGGCCCAGUCCUCUGUGUUUCUAAGUGGACUGGGAUCAGUGGGAGUGGAGAUUGCAAAGAACAUCGUCCUUGCUGGAGUGAAGGCGGUCACAUUACACGACAGCAGGCAGUGUGACGUCUGGGAUCUGGGUACAAACUUCUUUAUACGAGAGGAAGACGUUCAGAACCAGAGGAAAAGAGUGGAGGCUGUUCAUCCGCGAGUAGCUGAGUUAAACCCGUAUGUUCAGGUCGGCGUGUCGAGUGUUGUUCUUGAUGACAGCACUGAUCUGAGCUUCCUGCUUAACUAUCAGUGUGUAGUGCUGACAGAGACGCGGCUGAACUUGCAGAAGAGGAUCAAUCAUUUUUGCCACUCUCAGCAGCCGCCCAUCCGGUUCAUUAGCUGUGACGUGUUGGGGAUCUGCUCGCGAGUGUUCUGUGAUUUCGGGGAGAGCUUUGAGGUGUUGGACCCAACGGGGGAGGAGCCUAAAGAGCUGUUCAUUCAGAACAUCACUCAGGACAACCCUGGGGUUGUGACCUGCAUGGACAGUCGCACACAUGGACUUCAGACGGGGCAGAGUGUGUGUUUUAGAGAAAUCAACGGCAUGACUGAGCUCAACGGCGCGUCACGACAAGUUACAGUUAUCUCUCCCUACAGUUUUGCAAUAGGCGAUACAUCUUCCCUCCAGCCGUACCUCCACGGUGGAAUCUUCCGCAUGGUCAAGACCCCCAAAUCCUUUAGCUUUGAGACGAUGGAGCAGCAGUUGCACGACCCUCAGCUUCUAAUUCCAGACUUCAGCAAACCUGAGGCUCCGCUGCAAAUCCACGUGACGAUGCUUGCUCUAGACCUGUUUCAGGAACAGCACAGCAGGCUUCCCAGCACAGGAUGUUUGCAGGAUUCUGAACUCCUGCUGAAGCUCACAGAGGAGGUGAAUGAAACCCUGAAGAACAAGGUGUGUGUGAACGCCUCGCUGGUGCGCUGUUUAUCACGCUGUGCAAGAGGCUGUCUCUCUCCAUUGGCGGCAGCGGUGGGGGGCGUGGCUAGUCAGGAAGUUCUGAAGGCCCUCACUGGAAAAUUCACACCACUUCAGCAGUGGUUUUAUCUGGAUGCUGUAGAGGUGGUUCAGCCGCUCCAAUCUCUUCCAGUAGAGGAGUUUGCACCGAGGGGAGAUCGUUAUGAUGCUCUGAGGGCGUGUAUCGGUGAAACGUUGUGUUUGGAGCUGCAUAAGCUUCGGGUUUUCAUGGUGGGCUGUGGUGCCAUUGGCUGCGAGAUGCUGAAGAAUUUUGCACUACUUGGCGUGGGAUUGGCCAGAUGCUCAGGGGAGGUUUGCAUCACUGAUCCAGAUCUUAUAGAGAAGUCCAACCUCAACCGCCAGUUUCUCUUCAGACCUCAUCAUAUACAGAAGCCGAAGAGCAUCACAGCAGCCGCGGCUUCGUUAGACAUAAAUCCAGAGCUUCAGAUCGACGCUCACCUGAAGAAAGUGUGUCCUGCCACAGAGGACACGUACAGCGAUGCCUUCUACUCACGCAUCAAUCUGGUGGUCACGGCGCUGGACAACGUGGAGGCCAGGAGAUACGUGGACAGUCGGAGCGUGUCCAAUCAGAAAGCCUUGCUCGACUCUGGUACAAUGGGGACAAAAGGUCACACGGAGAUCAUCGUGCCAAACCUGACUGAGUCCUACAACAGCCAUAGGGAUCCACCAGAGGAGGAGAUUCCUUUCUGCACUCUUAAGUCUUUCCCUGCUGUGAUUGAGCAUACUAUACAGUGGGCCAGGGACAAGUUUGAAAGUGCCUUUUCACACAAGCCCUCCAUGUUUAACAUGUUCUGGCACAACCACCUGUCAGCUGAAGAUGUAUUACAGAGGAUGAAGGCAGGGGAGAGUAUGGAGGGGGCGUUUCAGGUCAUUAAGCUGUUGAGUCGUAGACCGACACACUGGGAGCACUGCCUGACUCUCGCUCGCCUCAAGUUCGACAAGUACUUCAAGAAAAAGGCACUACAACUACUGCACUCGUUUCCACUGGAUACCAGACUAAAAGAUGGCAGUCUAUUCUGGCAGUCUCCCAAACGGCCCCCAUCGCCUAUAGAGUUUGAUGUCAAAGAUCCUCUGCACUUUGGUUUCGUGGUCAGCACAGCUCGACUGUUCGCAGGAAUUUAUAAUGUGCCAUAUUCAGAAAAGAGUCUCAGUUACGAGGCUGUUACCAGCAUUUUAGCAGAAGUGAAGAUUCCAGAAUACAUACCUGCGGAGAAGCGUAUAGAGACGGAUGAGACUGCGAAGAAGCCUGAUCAGCUGAAGCUGAUGGUGAGCAGUGAGGAGGAGAGAGAAGCCAUAUCACAACUGGAGGAGGCCCUUGGCUCUGGCUUCAUCAGACCAGAGAGCUUGCGCAUGACUCCACUGAUCUUCGAGAAGGACGACGACUCUAACGGACACAUGGACUUUGUGGAGUCGGCUUCAGGUCUGCGGGCGAGCAUGUACUCCAUCGAGGCCGCUGACCGUCUCCAGACCAAACGCAUUGCAGGAAAAAUCAUCCCUGCCAUCGCUACGGCAACUGCUGCUGUUGCUGGCCUGGUGGCGCUGGAGAUGAUUAAAGUCGUGGGAGGAUUUGGGUUCGAGACGUUUAAGAACUGCUUCUUUAACCUGGCUAUUCCUGUGGUGGUCCUAACAGAGACUGCGAGGGUCAAGAGGACUCAGAUCAGAGAGGACAUAUCUUUCUCCAUCUGGGAUCGCUGGUCAAUCACUGGCCAUGAAGACUUUACUCUGUCUGACUUUAUGAACGCUGUCAGGGAAAAGUACGGGAUUGAACCCACGAUGGUAGUUCAUGGAGUGAAGAUGCUCUAUGUUCCUGUCAUGCCCGGACACAGCAAGAGACUUAAACUGACCAUGCAGAAGCUGAUCAAGCCCUCGGCGGAGAGGAAGUACGUUGACCUCACUGUGUCUUUUGCCCCCGAAGCCGACGGGGACGAGGACCUCCCCGGCCCCCCAGUGCGCUAUCACUUUAGCCGGGGGCCGGAGAGCGACGAGAGAGUCUGACACACACACACACACACACACACACACACACACCUCUAUGUAUAUCCCUCUCCUCCUCUACCUUGCCCUGUGGACCACUAGUGGAGUAGCACUUGAUCAGACUUGAUGUACAUAGUACAACAUUUCUCUCUCUUUUUUUUUUUUUUUUUUUUUUUUUUCGGUUUGUUUUCUACGGGUUUGUUAUUUUAUUGCAUAGCUUGGUCUGUGCCGAUGCCUUAAGAAACAAAUAUUGUGCUUCGAUGUGACAAUAAUACUGAGGAUAUGAUAUAAAUAUGAAUCUAAUAAUAAUAAUAAUAAUGACCUAAAAAAAUAGAAACUGUAAUUUUCCUGAUUUACGGAAUUCCGUAAACGACGCAGGGUGAUGAUUGGUAGGAUCGGUAGGGAGUUAUUUGGACUAUUUAAGGCCUACGUUUGCAGUUCGGUUACAUGUAUUACAGUAAGGAUUCGAGGCCAGUGCUGGGAAAAAAAAAAAAAAAAACACAUCACAGCAUCACAUGACCAGUGUAUAACAUGCUUACUAUAUACUAUACCUGCUCAUUGUUCAUGGUUUCUUCAGAGAUCAAUUAAAGUGUAUUAAAGGAGAACUCUGGUGAGAAAUGGACUUUUAAUGGGUUUAUUUAAACGUGACAAAAAGUACUUUACAUUUGUUGAAAAGCUCACCUCUGCUCUUUUGCAGCUUUCUGAGAUCCAGUAUUUUAGUGCACUUUGCCAAAACAGGCUUUUAGAAUGGGUUUUAAUGGGGCAUAUUUUUCCCCUGCAGAUAAAUCGCUUUCUACAUCGUUAUUCAGGCUCAAAGCAGCUCCACUCCUUUUUUUUUACACCUCAUUGGUAGAAUCUGGAGAGCCCUGACAUUUAAAACGAGGCAUUACGAACAUUAAAACUGUGCAAGAAGCUUAUUAAAAGCCACUGUUUACAACUUGUAGCAUUGGUAAAUCUCUGUGCACCUUCGUCUUACAUUCCUUGGAAAUGCAUGAUUUCCAGCUUUUGCUAAAAAAAUUAUCUGGUUGCUGUUGAUAUUAGAAUGCAAAGAACCAACAACAACAAAUGACAUAAACAUUGCUCAAAUAGUUUUUUUAAUAUUGGCGCUCGACGGUUGUUGACUUAUUGUGACUCAAAUUUAAUUCAAAAUUGCGACGCCCAGAGAUUUACCUACACUUUGGGAUGUAAACAGUGGCUCUUAAUAAACUUCUUGUGCUAUUUUAAAAGUUCUAAAUCCCUCCUUUUAAAUGUCAGGACUCUCCAGAUUCUACCAAUAAAGUGUGGAGCUACUUUGAGCCUGAAAAAACAGUGAAAAAAGUGAUUUAUCUGCAGCUGCAAAAAUAUGCCCCAUAUCAUCGAAUGUAAAAGCUUGUUUUAGGCAAAGUGCACAAAAUCCUGGAUCUCGGAAACCUGAGGGAGAGCGGAGGUGGGCUUUUUAACAAAGGUAAACACUUUUUAUCACGUUUUAAUACAUUUAAAGUCAAUUUUACACCGGACUUCUUCUUUAAAAGCCAGUUUCUCUUGCUUUUUUUGGAUUAGCAACAAAACUGAAAAAUGCUUUCUACAAGAUUUUAGAGGAGGAUCCAUCAUUCCAGAGAAAUCUAGCCCACCUCUGACAUUAAGUUCAUGUGGUACCAAUAGCUUUAUCUUUAAGGCCCAAUCCCAAUUCUAAUUUGUACGCCUACCACUUGUUUUUGAGUGUAACCCAAUACAGAUAUACCUACGAAGCGCUAAAGUUCAGCAACCUAACUGCUGCAUAGUUGGUUAAUGUAAGAGCUUUAGCAAUGGGGAGCUUUUGAAAUUAGCUUUUAUUAACCUUUAUUCGCUUACUUUUUUUUUUUUAAAGAAAACAUUCCACCUUAAAUGCUUUAACCUCUGCUGUCUGCUGCAGUAUUUAAGGUGGGAACUGGAAAGUUAGCUAGCUAGCUAGUAAGCUAGCUACUGAGACAAACUACUAGAUAUUUUUGUCAUUGUUAUGCUUGUUAUGAAGAACAUGGCCAUAAAACAUUGAAGCUACACAUUAAACUAUGGUAAUAUUGUGGUUAUCGUAUUUUUUGAUUGGGAAAACACUUUAUUUAUAGCUAUCUUUGGUGACUAUCAACCCCUAGAUUUUCACCCUUAAAAAAAAACAGAGGGGUAGAGCUAAGUGGUGAAAUGGGACCGGGCCAAUGGAUCUAUCUGCUCCAGUAGGCUAGAAGACCCUGUAGAACAUUUGAACAUAUAGUGCACAUCACUAUCGCUGACCAAUAAAAACGAGGACAAAAAAAAAAACCUUCUUAACUUUCAAUAGAAGUCAAUUUAUUUCAGGUCUCAAAUGACAUCAAAGCUUCCUUUUGAAUCUGUUUGAAUAGAGGAACACCAAAACACCAUUUGAAAAACUUAUUUAACUAAUAUUCCUAAUCAAAUCUAACAAAAACCUCAAGACUAGUUUAUGAAAUUUCGCUCAAAAAUGCACAAAAAAAGUUAAAAGGAAUUUUCCAGCUUGUUCCAGCUGCUACGCUUGCGCAGAUCUCCUCAUCUUCCUUGAAAGGGUUUUUUCCUGACAGCACGCUAACCCUCCCCUCACUCGCAGGGAAGCUUCGAGCUGAUUGGCUCUUUCUGUGUGUUGAAGGGCCGGACUGUUGUUCCUUCUGUUGAUACUCUUGAGUUCUGGCCUAUUAAAAAAAAGUCGUCGUCAUUGUAUCUCCUGCUGCUGCUGAACCUCCUCAUGCAUGCAAUCAACCAACCUGGAAACUUGCAGUGAGAACCCUGAACUGAAAAAAACUCAUGAUUAGUUUAUAAUAUUUCACUCAAAAAUGCACAAAAAAACAAAAUUUUCCAGCUUGUUCCGGCUGCUGCGCUUGCGCAGAUCUCCUUAUCCUCCUUGAGAGGUGGUUUUCCUGACAGCACGCUAACCCUCCCCUCACUCGCAGAGUAAGCUACAAGCUGAUUGGCUCUUUCUGUCUGUUGAAGGGCGGGACUUUGUCCUCGAACGGACACUGAUGUUCAGAUGUUCCUUCUGUUGAUACUCUUGAGUUCUGGCCUGUUAAAAAAGAAGUGGUCAUCAUUGUGUCUCCUGCUCCUGUUGAACCUCCUCAUGCACGCAAUCAACCAACCAGGAAACUUGCAGUGAUAAACCUGAACUGAAAAAACUCAUGAUUAGUUUAUAAUAUUUCGCUCAAAAAUGCACAAAAAAGCGAAAUUUUCCAGCUUGUUCCGGCUGCUACGCUUGCGCAGAUCUCCUUAUCUUCCUUGAGAGGGGGUUUUCCUGACAGCACGCUAACCCUCCCCUCACUCGCAGAGUAAGCAGCAAGCUGAUUGGCUCUUUCUGUCUGUUGAAGGGCAGGACUUUAUCCUCGAACAGGCACUGAAGAAGUUGUCGUCAUUGUAUCUCCUGCUCCUGCUGAACCUCCUCACGCACGCAAUCAACCAACCUGGAAACUUGCAGUGAUAAACCUCGAACUAGAAGAAGACAGAACUAACCGAACGAGGGAAAAGUGUUUUUUUUUUUUUCUUUCUU